AUGGCAGAGCCUAAGAACGACGCCCCAGUAGAAUUGCCACACCGGCCCUUCCGUCUGAUGGACCUGCCGCCAGAAUUGAGACUCAACAUCUACGAAUACGCCCUCGCGACACCAGUCUGCCUGGAUCACCAACUGCAGCUCAAAUGGAAUGAAGACCACAAAUGCAGCAGCAUGCAAGCCGACCGCAUCGAAGCAUUCCCACCACUCCUCCAGGCAUGCCGGCAAAUCCGUCUUGAGGCUGAGCAACUUUGGUAUGCGACCGCUCGCUUCGACUACGGCGCAAGCAAGAUGCGACAGCUCAAGGCCAUCGUUGGCAAAGGUAACACCGACAAGAUCCGAUAUAGCAGACUCGUCGGCCCUUGGGCAUUUCGUGUCAACGCUUGGGGCUGGAUCAGUCUCAUGUUUGCUACGCUGCAGGCAAAAGGCUACUCUGGUGUGCUUGAAGCCCACGUCACGGAGCCUGGAGCCCGCGGAGUGGUCUUUGCCAUUUCCGCACAAACUGCGUACUCGUACUACGAAGAAGUAUGA